AUGCUGCAAAUGCCGAAGUUAAAUGAAAUACCUCCCGGGAGGGAAGGCCGGGGGGAGACGCGGGGAGAGAGGAGAUGGCCUGGACAAACAGGUCCUGAAGCUGCGAGGCAGGAACGGGGGGCGCGGGGACAGGCGGGCGGCGCCAGAGCUCCAUGGGACAGCUGGGGAACCUGCAGGCCACCGCCACAUCCCGGCUCAGGUUGGGAACGGUGUUACCCCUUCCUACGCUGUUCCCCCUCCUCCCAGAAAUCCACCAUGGAGAGUAAGGAUGAGGUCAGCGACACCGACAGCGGCAUCAUCCUGCAGUCUGGCCCCGACAGCCCCGUGUCCCCCGUGAAGGAGCUGACCCACGCGGUGCGCAAACAGCAGAGGGCCUUGGAGGAGCGGCUCGAGGCGCGCCUGGAGGAGCUGAAGAGACUCUGCCUCAGGGAGGCGGAGCUGACGGGUAUCUUGCCAGCUGAGUAUCCCCUCAAACCAGGGGAAAAGGCCCCUAAGGUCCGCCGCAGGAUUGGAGCAGCUUACAAACUGGACGAGCGGGCCUUGCACAGAGAGGACCCCCUGAGCAGCCUGGAGCGGGAGCUGGCCCUGCAGCUGCAGAUCGCGGAGGCAGCCCGACGCCUGUGCCGGGAGGAGAACCUCAGCAGACAGGCCCGGCGGCAGCGCAAGCAUGCCAUGCUGCAGGAGGAGAAGAAGCUGAGGGAGCUGGAGCGCUGCCUGGGUGAGCAGCGGCGCACCAGUGGGCCCCCUUCCGCCGCUGCCCUGCCUCUGGGCCGAGAGCUCAGUGCCUCAGAUGACAGCUCUCUAUCAGAUGGGCUGCUCCUGGAGGAAGAGGAAUCCCAAGUGUUAAAACCUCCCCCGGAGUCCCCAGCUCCACCUUCCCGGCCUCUCCCACCCCAGAGCCUCGAGGGCUUGCAGCCAGCAGGACCUGAGACUGCGGGCCUGGAGCGGGCCCCAAUCCAGAACAGCCCCUGGAAGGAGACCAGCCUGGACCACCCCUACGAGAAGCCCAGAAAGUCUUCUGAACCCAAUAGCGAGUCCAGCAGCCCAGCCACCACGCCACAGGAUGGGCCCAGUACGUCCAACCUGUGGCUGCUGGAGCCUGCCUCCUACCACGUGGCUCCCGUCCGCAGUAUUGCUGGCCAGUGGCACGGCCGCACCAGCGCCCCCGCCACCCCAGAGAUACAGGGGAGGAGGGGCCCGUCGCAAUCUCUGAGAUUCUGCGGCUGUCAUGCCGCGGGACACAGGGUCCCUCACGUAGCUGAAGAUAGGGAACAUCGCAGGGGCAUCCUUGCCGCAAACCGCAGAAGACGGAUUCCUUCCGGGCGGGUCCCGAAGGCCGAANUGCCACCGCCGGCCGAGUGGGAGCUGUGCCGCGCCGCCCUGGGCCGCGCCUACGAGGACGACGCGGCGCUGCUGCGCUGGCAGCGCCCGGUGGCGGCCCGCGGCCGCGUGGUGCGCACGCCGUCGCUGAAAGACAGCCCCGCGGGCCGCGCGCUCAGCAAGGCGGCCGUGUCCGAGGAGCUCAAGUCGUGGCACGAGCGCGCGCGCCUCCGGAGCGGCCGCCCGCACUCGCUGGACCGCCAGGGGGCCUUCCGCGUCCGCAGCCUGCCUCCGGGGAGAGAGGGCUUUGGGCGAGCCCCGGGGGCCCGGACACAGCAGGUGGCCACAGUGUAUGUGCCCCGGAGAUCACCCGAAGGGGCCCCCGUGCAAGUCUUUGUGCCUGAGAAUGGCGAGAUCCUCAGCCAGGUGUAACCAAGGCCAGCUGUCACCGCGUGGCUCAAAUGCCUCGGCCCGGCUGCCAGAAAAUGCCAGAAAAGACUGUUGGACAGCAGGGCUGGAGCCGAGCCCUCCCACCCUUGAGUGCCUUCUUCAGCUCCUUUACCCCCAUCGCAGGUCGAUGAGCCGGGGCUGAGCCUUUUUUUUUAAUUUUUUUUUUUUUUUUCAGAAACCCUGGCCUUAGGAUUUAUAUUUGUGAUUUGUCCUCAAGAUCCCUAUAAUAUGAUGAUGCUUUAUUCCCCAGAGCUCGGUCUACUGGACUUGAGGCCUUGCCUGUCUGACUGGCAGGAUUUGUCUCCUCCUGCAAGCGAUGGGACGCGUGAGGCGGAGGGGGCCGCGCUGGGAUUCCUCCCAGACUCUACCCUCUGGCUCCGAGAAUGUCCGCAGAGAACAGCGCCUGUCUCACUGCAGCUGGAGGCAUACUAGUGUGCCUCUCCCGCCCCGCAGUUUCCCAGCUCUCUGGGUACUGUAGGGUGUCUGGGCAGGGGGAGAACCUUCUUCCCCUUCAUAACGUGCUCUGUGAUGCACACAUGAGGUGGUAAAGAUCAUAUGUCCUGAUGGAGUAUCGUCUUCCUAGAUGGACCCCGCUCUUUUCCUCACCCCAUAACCUCCCCCCCCGAGGGGCCCUAGUCACUCACCAUAUGCUCUCUGUGCCCCUGUGGGCUCCCACAUCUCCUCAGACCUCUGAGCCUUGAACUGGAGGCUUUGCCAGCUUGUAGCAUUAGGAGGACCGGGCUGGCGGCUGGCCUGUGGUGGUGUUUGGGGGAGGACAGCUCAUACUUUGACCACCUUCUCUGGGCAUCAUAAUGACUUGCAACCCCACCCUUCCUUCUAUCCCUUUUUCAUUACAGUCCUAAAAAGCAAUGCCUUCCAGAUAUUUUUGGAAGGGUACCAUGUGUGUGGCAUGUUCUCACAGGAGGGGGUGGGGGUCAUUGCCCCGCCGCGCCCACCCAGCUGUUCUUCUGCCCUGACACUGGAUUUCCUUGAAAGAGGGCACGUCCUUAUUUUUACAAAUAUGGGAAUACUCACUCUUAAGGGUGUUCGUUAAUUGUCCCAUAUGCUAAGACUCGAGUAGGCCUGGAAACGGCCUGUGCGAAGACCAUCCCAUAGUCCCUGGGUUCUCGUCCUUGGGCUUCUUUGCCCUCAGAGCUCCUGCUCUGAGGAGAAAACACAGAACGGAGGCGAGAUGGGGUUAGGGAGAGCAGAGUUCUGAUUCUGCCCAUGCAGAGCCCUUUCCCCUCUGAGUGCCCUGGAUUGGACAGAAACUACAAAUAUAGCUUACACCUCCAAGAACUUUGAUGUCUGACCCCAAAGGAACACAGUUCUCCCCACUGGACAGAAGGCAGUGUGGCCGACUGCACAAGGUUGCUGAGGGAGGAAUUUAGGUGGCCCGUCAGAGGAAUCUGGGGGAGGAGAGGAGAGCCUGAGGGCAAGCACCUGGAUUUCUGUCACUGUGCUCUGACCCCAUCCUGCAGCUCCCCCACUUCUUGGGUGGACGCUGGUCCCCUUACGUUCGAAUGUCCUACUUUGGAUUCUGUUCUCUAUCAUUUUGUCUCGAAGCCCCUUUCACUGGUAUACAGCCAUCUCCCCUCCCCGUGUCCUCCCAGGAGCCCAGAGCUUCCUAGCUGAGCCCGGAGACAUCUAAGCACCCCCACACAUGAGCGUCCUUUAUGUUAACUUAUUGGUCCUGUAUGAUGCCUGGUACUUGGCGGCGGGGCUGGAAGUGUGUGGGUUUUAGUGCCAAAUAUGUCAAUAAAGUCCGUUCUUUGUGAUUGG